AUUGUGGCAGCUUGUGUUGUCAGUUUCAAUCAAGACUCCUACACUGCGGAUGAAGGAGGGACAUUCCAAGUGAUGGUGACAAUAGAUCCAAUGUGCUCCAUAGAGAAUGAUGUCAUAGUCAGUAUCUCGUCCAUCAAUGGCACAGCAGUGGGUGGAAGUGAUUUCGUACCAGUGGCCCAGAUGCUAAUGUUUACCGAUGCCACUCCUACUCUCAGCUUCUCUGAGCUCAUGUACAGUGUGGUGGAAGGAAAUCAACUCACCUUUGAGGUCGUAUUUGAGUCUCCACUGACUCUAGCCAGAGACGUGGAGGUGAAUGUCACGCUAAUAGAUGGAACUGCCAUUGCCCCUGAUGACUAUAAUAUGCUGGGACCAAUGGUCCUGACACUGACUGGCAGUGGUGGUACUGCCAUGGUUAAUAUUGUAGAUGAUGCAUUGGCUGAGGUUGACGAAAUGUUUGAAAUGAUGCUGAGUUCAAAUGAUCCCUCCGUGUCAAUUGUCGAGGACACAGCUACUGUCACCAUUAAUGACUCUGUCCUGGUGUUUCAGUUCAACCAGUCUGCCUACACUGUGGAUGAAGGAGACUCAGUACCAGUAUGGACUACUCCAUUAGUCCAGAGGGGAACAUUACACUCAACAGUACCUCAAAUACUAGGUGUAGUGGUCAUUACUGUACCGGGUGAUAAGCUGAAGGAAGACCCAGAGGAUUUCAUUCUAUCUCUGGAAUCUAAAUUCAGACUGAGCGUCUCUCAAGCCGCUCUCACUAUCAGUGACACUACUGUCACUCUGGAUGUGGUGGGGGAUAGUGAAGUGACGGAGGGAGAGAACAUAACUCUGAAUAUUACAGCUGUCGGUCCGUUUGUUGAGAAUUUCAUGGUGAAUAUACAGGCUGAUCCAGCGAACAAGGUCAUGAUUAGUCCAACGUAUGUCGACUUCACUUCUUCCACUACUCAAUCUCAGGGAGUGGAGGUGAAUAAUUCAGUGACGCUCACAUGUUGGUUCAUAGCUGGGAACCCAGUGGAGAUAGUGUGGAUGAAGGAUGGGGUCCCACUCAGUGAAGAGCUGGCCAGCACCUCAGACCAGAACCCAAUGUCAUCCAUUGGAGCAGUUGGUGUCAUAAGCUGCUCCAUUAUCAGCUGUGGCCAGGUCUCAAUACUAUUUGACAUCGACAAUGACAAUGCCACCCGAAUCUCUCUCAACACCACCACUGCUGAUGUGGAUGAGACUCUGGGCACUGUUGAGACUACCAGUGAGGCAACUAUAACGACGCUGGGUCGUGUCCACGAGGGAAUGUCACAGUCUUGCAACGUGACCUACGGCAGAGUGGUACUCCGCGAGGAGAUCUUCAACUACACUCUGGAGAAUGUUGCCAUCAAUGUCGACGUGCGGGCAGAGAAUCUAACUCUACCCAACAGAACUGGCGGCGAUUCAUUCGUGGUGGGGGAUGACGUCGUACUGAACUGCAGUGCAACCAACCCUCACGGUGUAGAUCGAGACCUCACCAUACGAUGGUUCAGACUUGCCAGACUUUCCACACAGGAGGGGGAUUAUAUUAUGCCUAAUAAUCCCCCCGCGAACACGAUGGUCGAGACUGGAGAUGGCUACGUGGCACUCAUACUUCCUGACAUAAAGGACAAUUCAGAUGAAGAAACUGUAUACAUCUGUAAGGCCUACAACAGACUGCCCAAUGACCAAGUCGAUGAAGCUGUCAAUGUGACUGUCAUCUACUGCCGCCUAUCUCUCUCUCCGUUAAUUGAAUCCCUCUCCGCAGGUUGUGAAGUGAAUUUCGAUCAAACCUCCUACACUGUGGAUGAAGGAGGGACAUUCGAAGUGAUGGUGACAAUAGUUCCAAUGGGCUCCAUAGAGAAUGAUGUCAUAGUCAAUAUCUCGUCCGCCGAUGGCACAGCAGUGGGUGGAAAUGAUUUCGUACCAGUGGCCCAGAUGCUAACGUUUAACAAUUCCAUUCGUCAGAUUCCAGUUUCAGUUGAAAUCCUCAAUGACACGGUGGUGGAAGAUCAGGAGGUUCUCACGCUCACUCUUGUUAACAAUGACGACAAUGUUACGCUGCCAGACAGGCUAGUCGAGGUCUCCAUCACUGACAGAAGCUCUGUUACUGUUGAAUUUGACAAAACGGGAUAUGUGGUGGCAGAAGGAGAAUCUAAGAAUGUUGUAUUGAGAGUGAAUGGAGGUACUCUGGAGAGAGAUGUCGAUGUUCAAUUGACUGUUGGUGGUGGGGCAACUGAAGGGGCUGACUAUACUGCACUGCCUGCUAGUGUGGUGUUGACUGCUGGUACUACAAGCAGUACUGUGACGUUCACAGCCGCUAAUGACACUCUGGUUGAGGGGGAAGAAAUUGUUCAGUUGACACUUGGGUCGUCAGACACCACUGUGACGGUUGGACCCAACUCAAGUGUGGCUAUCAGAGACACCACUAUUACUCUCAGCUUCUCUGAGCUCAUGUACAGUGUGGUGGAAGGAAAUAAUCUCACCUUUGAGGUCGUAGUUGAGCCUCCACUGACUGUAGCCAGAGAGGUGGAGGUGACUGUCAUGCUAAUAGAUGGAACUGCCAUUGCCCCUGAUGACUAUAUGCCGGGACCAAUAGUCCUGACACUGACUGGCAGUGGUGGUACUGCCAUGGUUAAUAUUGUGAAUGAUACAUUGCUUGAGGUUGACGAAAUGUUUGAAAUGAUGCUGAGUUCAAAUGAUCCCUCCGUGUUAAUUGUCGAGGACACAGCAACUGUCACCAUUAAUGACUCUGUCCUGGUGUUUCAGUUUAACCACUCUGCCUACACUGUGGAUGAAGGAGACUCAGUACCAGUAAUGGUGACGUGGGUCAAUCCACAGAUGGGAGAGGUGGAAGUGAGAGUUACUGUGACCCCCAGUGGCACCCUAGAUUACUACUCCAUUAGUCCAGAGGGGAACAUUACACUCAACAGUACCUCAAAUACUAGUGUAGUGGUCAUUACUGUACCGGGUGAUAAGCUGAAGGAAGACCCAGAGGAUUUCAUUCUAUCUCUGGAAUCUAAAUUCAGACUGAGCGUCUCUCAAGCCGCUCUCACUAUCAGUGACACUACUGUCACUCUGGAUGUGGUGGGGGAUAGUGAAGUGACGGAGGGAGAGAACAUAACUCUGAAUAUUACAGCUGUCGGUCCGUUUGUUGAGAAUUUCAUGGUGAAUAUACAGGCUGAUCCAGCGGACAAGGUCAUGAUUAGUCCGACGUUUGUCAACUUCACUUCUACCACUACUCAAGUCAGUGUCACUAUUGGAGGGGUACUGGAUGAAGUGCCUGAGGGAAAUGAGACGGUUACUAUUAUUUUCACCACCACGUCUGCUAAUGUUCAAGAUUUUGACUAUAAUGUUACAGUUGUAGAUGCGACUGUAAACCAUACUGAUGGUCCUCAGUCUCAGGGAGUGGAGGUGAAUAAUUCAGUGACGCUCACAUGUUGGUUCAUAGCUGGGAACCCAGUGGAGAUAGUGUGGAUGAAGGAUGGGGUCCCACUCAGUGAAGGUGGACCUAAUGUCGAUGAGGGGGAGUUUGUCUACAGGAGCACUCUCAGCAUUGCUCAUGUGGAGUUUUCCAACUGCGGCAACUAUACCUGCUCCAUGAGAAAUGUGACUUCCCCACCUGCAGAGCUCGGAGUCUACCAGCUGGCCAGCACCUCAGACCAGAACCCAAUGUCAUCCAUUGGAGCAGUUGGUGUCAUAAGCUGCUCCAUUAUCAGCUGUGGCCAGGUCUCAAUACUAUUUGACAUCGACAAUGACAAUGCCACCCGAAUCUCUCUCAACACCACCACUGCUGAUGUGGAUGAGACUCUGGGCACUGUUGAGACUACCAGUGAGGCAACUAUAACGACGCUGGGUCGUGUCCACGAGGGAAUGUCACAGUCUUGCAACGUGACCUACGGCAGAGUGGUACUCCGCGAGGAGAUCUUCAACUACACUCUGGAGAAUGUUGCCAUCAAUGUCGACGUGCGGGCAGAGAAUCUAACUCUACCCAACAGAACUGGCGGCGAUUCAUUCGUGGUGGGGGAUGACGUCGUACUGAACUGCAGUGCAACCAACCCUCACGGUGUAGAUCGAGACCUCACCAUACGAUGGUUCAGACUUGCCAGACUUUCCACACAGGAGGGGGAUUAUAUUAUGCCUAAUAAUCCCCCCGCGAACACGAUGGUCGAGACUGGAGAUGGCUACGUGGCACUCAUACUUCCUGACAUAAAGGACAAUUCAGAUGAAGAAACUGUAUACAUCUGUAAGGCCUACAACAGACUGCCCAAUGACCAAGUCGAUGAAGCUGUCAAUGUGACUGUCAUCUCUGGUCCAGUGGUGCGAUUCCCAGAUGAUGUUGUGACAAUCAAUGUCGGAGACACAGAAAUGUUGGAAUGCAAUACUGCUGGCUCUAACCCUAUGGCUACUAACAUCACUAUCACUGUCAGAAGGCCAGGGGAAGCCAAUGUAACAGUCGGUACUAUGGCUGGUGCAACAACGAGACUGGGGUUUGAUAUUACUGGAAACCUCAGCCUGAACGGGUCGGUGUAUAAUUGCGCAGCUGUUAAUGAGGUCGGACCGACGUCAAUGUCAUUUACAUUGGUAGUGAGAGAUGUACCAGGCGAGGUAGACAGCAGAAAUAUAUCUUCUGUUCCUCUCACUCUCCUCGUGUUGAAUGUGACGUCGCUCGCCCCUAUCUCAAACAAUGCCGAGAUCACUAACUACACUGUCACAGUCUGCAUUACUGCGACAGACGACUGUCUUAGUUACCUCACACUACAGCCCCAUGCAGCAGUGCUCACAGUUCCCACUGUCACCUAUAACGUUUCUGUCAGAGCUACCAAUGUUGUGGGAUCCAGCAAUUCAGAUACAACUACUAUUGUGGGGACCAAUCAAGGAGCCGCGCCAAUUGUUACGGGAUUUGCCCUCUCCCCGGCAUUUCUCAUCUUGGAGUGGACCCUCUCUCCUCUCGUCUUUAACGUGACUGACCCCCCAAAUAAUGACCUCCCUGCUGAGAGCGUCUUCUUUGUGGAAGAAUUUGUCAUUCGUUUCGAGGGUGAUGUCAUAGCGAGAAUUGCAGAGACGAGCUAUCUCGUUCGUAUCCCUGAUGGCCAGAUCGAUCCUGCCGAUGGAAGUGACGACACGAUGUUACCGUUUGAGGUGGAAGUCAUCUAUUCAGAUAUAAAUAUUAACACAACUCUCAAUACGACAUCAUUCAUCAGUGUGGCAGUCCCUAAUGUGGAAGAGGUUGCUGAUAUAAACAGAACACCACUCCAGACACCUGUUACUACCAGUGGAGGAUUCAGUUUCCAAUGGGCACCUCCAGCCCAAGUUGAUGAUAACCAAGAGUUCAUCGAGGUAUAUAACGUCGUGAUAGACCAGCUCCCUCAACAAGGCGGAAGAGGAAAAAGACAGGUGGCUACAAACGUAGUGAAUGUAAACCAACCUAGGACGGAUACGGAUUUCCAGUUCACGGGUGGACAGCCGUUCACUGACUACAACGUGAGUGUGGAUGCUGUGCUGAACGUUAAUGGAGACACUACGAGAGUCACUGCACUGUCCCCCAACACCAUCAAGACUGAAGAAGGAAAGGCGAGUGCUCCACAGAAUCCUGGUGUCACUGAAAUUGAGGUAACUACUGUUAGGGUGGUGUGGGGAGCUCCAGUCAACCCUAAUGGCAUCAUCUCAAAAUAUCGGGUAAGAGUUCAGUUGACGGACGGUAGCGAGGCAAUGACACAAGACACGACAGUUGGGUCCUCAAGCCACUAUGAGGUGUAUGCAGUCAUCACUGGCCAGCUUCCUGACACGUCAGUCAUACUCUCGGAGCAAACCGACACCUCAUACGUUACCUUUGCUGGACGGGCCAGCUCGGGUCUGUCGCAGCAGAUCACGGUAGGCACCGGCGUCCCUGGAGACGUGACUCUAGCUAACGGCCAGCAAGUGAACUAUGACAACCGACGUGUCAGUCUUGGAGCCAACUAUUACUUCUUCGUUCGACUCUACAGCAGUCAAGUAGGUGCCAGUACAUGUGAUACAACAAGAUUUAGUGAUAGCGAACCUGUCCCACCUCCAGUUGGUGAGCAGCGCAGUGUCUAA